AUGGAUGGAGGCCGAAUGGAUACAAUGGCAUUCGGUGCAGGGGCUUAUUGCAUUCCAAGGAGUUUUCAUAAUCUCUCUUCAUUCUUGGAGAUGAAUGGGUUUCUUCUGCUUCUAUGUUUGGCUUCACUGUCCAAACCAACUUCAGAACAGGAUUCAGUUGAAUCAUUUGAUGAGAUGUCGACUGAUUUAGAAAGCAAUCGAAACUUUAUAGUGGAUAAACACAAUUACUACCGAAGUUGGGUGAAUCCGCCAGCUGCAGACAUGCUGAAAAUGCAUUGGGAUAACUACUAUUUAGCUAAAGCGAAGGAAUGGGCCUUGACCUGCAGUUUCAAACACAGCAAUCUGAGUUUUCGCCAGUAUGGUGGUGAAUUUGCUGGAGAAAAUAUAAUGAAUAGCUACUUUCGCCAUUCUUGGGAAUAUGUUAUUAAUUACUGGUUUAACGAGCAUGUAAAUUGGGAAUAUGCUGUUGGAACAACCAAAGAAGGGGCAGUUACGGGACAUUUUACCCAGAUCAUAUGGGCCCCUACUCAUGCGUUGGCAUGUUACGUGGCCAAAUGUUAUGGAACUCCAUAUAAUUACUUCUAUGUGUGCAUCUAUUAUCCUACAGGGAACAGGGAAGAUAAAGUGAAGACUCCAUACCAAAAUGGAACAACGUGCGGCCUAUGUCAAAAAGACUGUGACGACCAAUUGUGCUUGAACUAUUGCCCGUAUUACAAUUCUGCAGGCAACUGUGGGACGGACAAAAAUGCUUCAUUAUGCGACUACUCAGACAUUGGCUGUGAUGCCACCUGCAAAUGUGGUUCGGAAAAAAUAUAUUAGUCUUUUAACCCUGUAUAACAGUAUAUUUUACAUUCAUGGGUUUUACAAGCCACGUAUUUUGAUCUUUGCACAUUAUCGUUUCUCUCAGUGCCCUUUAUUCCGAGGGCCCCAUAGAAAUAGCUUUUAUGCUUCUCCAUUCUAUCUCUCAAACCAACUUCCAACCUGGCCCCCCUAGCCAUCACAUAAGGAUUUUCUCAAGGUAAUGGAAAGCUUCACAGAAUGAAAAGGAGCCCCAUUCUAUGUGAUUUGGGUGUUUUCUUCCCAUAUUCCUUACACUUUUCUUUCCAUUUUAAUUCUGAUGAUGUUUUUUUUUCAAAUACCAAAGUAGGAAAGCUGCUGUACCGCUUGUGUGAAUUCAAAUAAAAAAUAUCUGCAACCCAACAAC